GGGGCUCUGACGGUGCCCCCCCCCAGGUGAGGAGCUGAGCUUCGCCGUGCGGUUCCGGCGGGCGCGGGCGGUGCCGGUGGACCUUUACUUCCUGCUGGACCUCUCCUACUCCAUGCGCGACGACCUGCGGCUGCUGCAGCGCCUGGGCAGCGAGAUGCUGCGCGCUCUGCACAACGCCUCCAGCGCCGCGCGCAUCGGCUUCGGCUCCUUCGUGGACAAACCUCUGCUGCCCUUCUCGGCGAUGACCCCCCAGCGCAGCCCCUGCCCCGCCGCCGAGCCCUGCGCCCCCCCCGCCGCCUUCCGCCACCUCCUGCCGCUCACCAACGACAGCGCCGAGUUCAGGCGCCGCGUGAGCAGCCAGCGGGUCUCCGCCAACAUGGACGCCCCCGAGGGCGGCUUCGAUGCCAUGGUGCAGGUGGCGGUGUGCCAGGAGCGCAUCGGUUGGCGCCCGGUGCGGCGGCUGCUGCUCUUCGCGUCCGACGACGUCUUUCACACGGCGGGGGAUGGGCGCCUGGGGGGCAUCGCACGGCCCUGCGACGGCCGCUGCCACCUGGAUGUGCACGGCGAGUACAGCAGCAGCCACCUCUAUGAUUACCCGUCGGUGGGGCACCUGGCGCAGGUGCUGUCGGAUGCCGACAUUCUGCCCAUCUUCGCCGUCACCGCGCCCGUGGUGCCCGUGUACCGGGAGCUGAGCCGCCUGAUCCCCGGGGCGGUGGUGGGGGAACUGCGGGAGGACUCCAGCAAUGUGGUGCAGCUCAUCACCGACGCCUAUGAGGUGGGGGGGGGUGGAGAGGA